UAAAAAAUAGUUCAUUGUUAGUAAUUCGCUGUUGGCAGCCGUGUCAUGUUGCACACUUCACUAUAUUCUAGAAGUCACGUUGACGUUUAUAAGUUAGGUUAAGUUGUCCUUCACAUUGUUUUGAAUCGACAAAUUGAGAUUUUAUUCAAUUUGAAAUGCCCAAGAAAAAGUUUAUAGACCGUAAAAAAGCGGUAACUUUCCAUCUUGUGCAUAGAAGUCAACAAGAUCCUUUAGCUGCAGAUGAUAGUGCACCACAAAGAGUUUUAGUGGCCGAAAAAUCAAAGAGUGAUAAACGUCUUGAAGAACAACAAAAAUAUGGAAUUUAUUUUGACGAUGAUUACAAUUAUCUUCAACACUUGCGUGAAUCAGGAACUACAGAAUGGGAACAAGUUCAACCGGUACAAAAGAAAACUGUUGAUAAGGAAACAAAAUUAAAAUUACCAAGUUCAGUUUUUGCAUCAGAAGUUGAAGAAGAUGUGGGGUUACUUAAUAAAGCUGCCCCUCAAUCAGGAUUAAGACUUGAUUUAGAUCCCGAUGUAGUAGCAGCUAUGGAUGAUGAUUUUAAUUUUUCCGAUCCAGAAAAUGAACUUGAAGAUAACUUUAUAGAACUGGCAAAUGCUGAAAUUUCUGAUGAUGAAAUGAUCGAGGAAGAAGAAGAUGUAUCUUCUGAUUUUGGUUCUGAAGAAGAUGAUGAACUUGGAUCAUUAGAUGGGCCACAAUUUACUUUCAAAGAUGAAGAAACUAAGUCAAGAUUUACAGAUUAUUCAAUGAGUAGUUCAGUUAUUCGAAGAAAUAAGCAAUUAUCAUUACUUGAUGAUCGAUUUGAAAAAAUGUAUGAAGGAUAUGACGAAAAUGAAAUUGGUGCUUUAGAUUGUGAAGAUAUAGAAGGAUUUGUACCUCAAAACUCAGAUAUACUUCUCCAAUACGCUGAUGAAUUUGAAAAACAGCAAUCAAGAGAAAAAUUAGAUAAAGAAGCUAUUGUCAAUAAAUUAAAAAUAAUUGAUUCUGAUUUAGAAGAAGAACUUGUUGAGAUGGUUCAAGAAAACAAAGAAAAAUGGGAUUGCGAAUCAAUUUUAAGCACAUAUUCAAAUUUAUACAAUCAUCCUAAAGUUAUUGAACUACCUCAUAAAUCUAAAAUUAGAAUAAACAUGAAAACAGGAAUGCCAAUUAAUGAAAACAAAUUAACAGCUAAAGCAUUAUCAAAGUUAAAUGAGGAAUAUGAUGAAAUAAAUAAGAAAGUAGGAUCAAAAUCUGUGGGAGAAUAUUCAGUUGUAUCAACAUUAUCUGUAUUAUCUAUAAGACCUAAAGAUGAAAGUCCUGAAGAGAAAAAAGAAAGGAAGAGAUUAUUGAAAGAAUACCGACGGGAAAGAAGAGUUGAAAAGAAAAUCCAUAAAGAUAUGUUUAAAGAGAACCACUUAAAUGCAAUCAGGCAGAAAAGUCAUUGUAAUACACCUGGAAAUAAGAUAUUGUAAUAAAAUGAUUUACCACUA